AUGGCGCCGGCUAGCGCCGGCGUCUUCUCGGCCCUACGACAGGCCAGGGAGGUCAAAGUCAAAGAAAUCAAUGCACUCGUCUCCGUUUCCGAAAAACUUUAUGCCGCGGUCGAGAACGUCGAGAGAAGCCUCUUCGGACAGAUCGAGAAGACGGUCGUCAAACCUCUCAUCUCAAAGCUUCGCUCUCUCCUCAUCCAUGCGGCCUGCCUGGCAGACGGACGGUCGAUCACGCCCUAG